AUGGUCGGUCCGUUGCCCGGUUCCCUCGACGAAAACAUGUUCGGACUCGUGAGCCCGACGCUCGAGUCGAUGCGGAUCAAAUCGUCGUACCUCAAAGACUUUAACGCUGCUGCAGUGCUAGCAACGAUCGUGGAACCGACCGUAGAAGAGCCGCUCCGUUCGGUUGUGGUCAAGUGGAUGGAGAUCGACAUCCCUGGCGCGUCUAUCGGCUUUGUUCGGAAUCGAGACUACAUUUACCUCGAGAGCACGGGCAUCAUGCGUCUAGAAAACGGUGAGCGGGUGGGUUACCACUUGUUGCACUCGGUGAACUUCCCACAGACACACGAGCUCCCGAACCGUGUGCGUGGCAACAGGUCGUUCUGCGGGAUGUUCCACCAAGAAGCCCCGGACAAGACCGACUGCCGCGGUACCGGCGUCAUGGACCCUGGAGGCGAUAUGAUCCGUGCUCUUGGCAUUAUGGGCAUGGCUCAAGCAACGAUGGCUGGUCUCAAUUAUUCGUAUUGCGGUCAGAUGAAGAAACUCGCGUGGCUCCUGGAGCAGAAGCAUGCAGAAGCCAGAGAACAUGGCACUUCGGCCUUCAAACCUGAUAAGUGCAAGUUGUGCUUCGGUGCCAUAUGUGUAAAGUGUAAGAUCCCCAAGAAACGGAGCUUCAUCGCCCCCGACCUGGAGAUGGUGCAGCGCAAGGUGACGUUCUGUGCCAAGUGUCUGCUUGAAGCGACCCACAUGGAUACGGAGGAAGCUGCACGUGUGCAAUUCGUGUACAAGCACACCGUCACGUCGAGCGUCUAUGGGUCGUCGGGGCGGUUUUCGGAUGAGAGUACACGCUCUGAUAGCACGAUCUUGUCGUACUCCUACAUGUAG